AUGGGUAAUUCGCAAAAGCACGCCACUUUCAAGCGGAAGCACACAAAGGUUGGGCACCAGCCUGCAAAACCAGCAAACUACACAGACACUUCUGUGAGCUUCAAGCGCAUCAACAUGCUUCAACAGAGUAUCACCGUGGAUAAGAGUAAGGAGGUAUAUCUAUCUGCCCGGCAUCAGACGGUAGGCACUCUUAUAUCCCAGCUGAAGAAUUCUUCUGUGCUAACACGCCGUGAGGCUGUCCUGGCACUUCACGGGCUUUGUAAGCAGCACGGAGCAAGAUUUGCAUACGACAAAGGGGUGGAGGUUGCUGAUGCUUGCCUUAAUAGCAUCCUUGAUUCAGAUGCAAAGGUGCGCAAGGGUGCCGCAGACACGCUGCUCCUUGUAUCAUCACUUUCUCCGUGCGUAGUCUCUGCACUUGGACGUGUGUUCUCACUGAAGUUAGAACUAGCCUUUGGAUCCCUCAGCGACAGCAUAGUAGCAGACGCUUUGCGGUUAGUGCAAGCACCUAUUACAAGUGGCCUUGAUGAUUCUAUUAUAAGACUCUUUCCAUCACUACUGCGCAAACAGUCACUCCUUGCAGUCACAUCCGUAGCUCUACGAAAUUAUCUGGCUGACUCACAAUCUGCUAAAAGUGACACCUUCAAAGCAUCUCCAUGGGUUGCCUUGGCUGAUCUCUGGGCAAGUGAGCUUCGCGAUACUGGGAGUGCAGACGUCAGACAUACUGCUCUUACUGAGAGUUUAAAAUCUUGCACUGAUGCACUAUUAGAUGUGCUCUUAGACGUUGAUAGUGAUUGUAGCUUCUCGUGGCAAACCGACGAGACUAAAACGCAUGCAUUGAAGUACUUCACUGUGCUAUACACUCUUUAUAUUGUGUUAAAGAUCCUUCCUCAAUCUAUCGACGGUGAUAAGGAAACCACGGCACGUGUGACGCGCUUUCUAAGGGUUUUUCCUGUGUCCGCAGUGUCAUUUACAGAUAUCACAGCAAGAUCUUUGGCGCAAGUCUUUAACUUAUUGAUUGUCUAUGUUGCAGUUCGGUUUGGCCUCUUCGACGAGCUCUUUCGUGCAGAUUUGUCGAGCAGGCACUCAAGUCUCAACAAGGAAACAAGCUUCACUUCACUAGCAUCAUGUCUAUCGAUUUCGCAAGCAGCUGAUGAACAGGACAUAUCCAAUGCCAGUCCAAAGGAACAACUGGCCGAAUGGACAUCUGUUUUGGUUGAUAUGUCAUCCAACAUAGGUGAUUCGCUCUCUCACCUUGAGGGUCACAUUAAGGGAUCUUUAUCUAUAUCUUUGCCAUCUAUUUAUAUUGACUUUACAUGUGCAGUUUGUCAAUUGCUUCAGUAUUCUAGAUUUGGUAACUUCUCUAUCCUCAAAAAGCUUCUUCUCUUUGCUCCGAUCUCUUGCAAGCGUCAGAUAAUAAUACAAUGCCUUGAGUAUGCGCAGACAGCUAUGGAAUCGUCCCGGUUAGAUUGCUUAGACGGGCUGCCAACUGAGGUAGACCAUUUGAUUGUUCUAGGACUUCAGGAGUUGUGUAGAAGACCGGCACAAGGCGCAGAGCUUUGGAAACUUGUGUAUCAACUUGCGUUACAGAGGAUAUGCAUAGGGGUGCCCUUUUCUGAGCAAGUAGUGGACUCACUACGCACAGUCUUACAAGUAGAGAUUAAAGGAAAGAUUAUCUCGAUUGCUGCGUUUGUUGGAAAAACGUACGAUCCUUAUUGUAAGGACCGCAUCAUGCACCUGUUGAGCAGUUCCUAA